UAGUGAAUGCAGGGUCCAGGGAGACCAGAUAUAGUGAAUGCAGGGUCCUGGGAGUCCAGAUAUAGUGAAUGCAGGGUCCGGGGAGACCAGAUAUAGGGAAUGCAGGGUCCGGGGAGACCAGAUAUAGUGAAUGCAGGGUCCGGGGAGAGCAGAUAUAGUGAAUGCAGGGUCCGCGGAGACCGGAUAUAGUGAAUGCAGGGGUCCAGGGAGAGUGGAUAUAGUGAAUGCAGGGUUUGGGGAGAGCGGAUACAGUGAAUGCGGGGUCCGGGGAGAGCGGAUAUAGUGAAUGCAGGGUCCUGG